AUGGCAUCCGAGUUAUUACGCGAAACCCUGAGCGCGCUCAAUUAUCUUCAUUCACAAAACCCACCUAUAAUUCACCGAGAUAUAAAACCGCAAAACAUUUUGAUAAAGGAGCAUGCGCAUGGCUUUGUUAAAAUAUCCGAUUUUCGACUUGCGGUUUACCAUGAUCCUAAAUCUUUAUCGCAUUCUCAGGGUAGAGGCACAGAGAGAUAUAUGUCACCUGAAGUUAAAAGUGGGCGCCGGUAUAGUCCCAGUGCUGAUGUAUAUAGCAUGGGUGUGGUUAUACAGGAAAUGUUUAAUUUCGAUAUUAAUACGAUUGGACAUGGGCCACCAGAUGCGUAUGGCCGGACACUUCUUCGGGAAACCAUAGUCAUUAAAAAGGGAAUAACAUGUAAAAUAUGCGGACAAACUUAUGGUCUCACGCAGAAGUGUCCGGCCAUACGCCUAAUUUAA